CCCAGUCCCACCACCUUCUCUGGCUAUAUCUGUCCUGCUAAAGGCAUUCCUGUCCCUUCCUUUAACCCACUGUCCUUUCUGUUAUGAAACUCCUUCAUGCUCUCAGCUUCUUCGGCAUCCUAAGCAGCCUCUCAAGCCCGGUCCUUACCUUCCCAGUUGCCGUUGACCUAGGAUUUCGCCAAGCGACAUGCACGGACAUCUCUCCAGAUUGCAGAGCUAGGGAAGCAUUCUGCACCCACACCGCCUACGCCCCCAUUAUGCAUGUCCAAUGCCCGGUAACUUGCGGUACAUGCUCCUCGACCGUGGGCCCCCCGGCACCAACAUCAAGUCCAGCCUGCAUCGACAACGAUCCCGCCGAAUGUCAGGCCCGGGCAAACCUAUGCAAUAACAGCCUGUAUUAUACGCUCAUGAAGACCCAAUGCCCCAAGACAUGUGGCCACUGUGCACCACUGGAGAGCACUACACCUUCUUCAAGCUCCAGUACCGCCUCCAACACACCGACCGCAGCCGCAGUUACAGGACUGGGCUUUUGUAAAGAUCUCGCUUCGAGCGAAGGAUGUGGAGAACGACAGACUUCCUUCGCGUUAAACUCUUUCGACGGUUGAGGCAAGAAGUGUUUGGGGGUGAAGACAAUGAAAAAAGGCUGCGAGCGACAACCCCGCGUACGACAGUCUUUCGAAGUGCAGCACCAACACACAGGGCUUGCUGAAGUGUGAAUAUCGGUCUUUCGUUGUGGAGUUAUUGGGUCGGA